GGAUUUUUAUUUAUAAAUGAUAAGACCUAUUGAAUAAUAAUAACUGAUAAGAAUGUUAAAUAAAAAAUAUAUACUGUUUUAAAUUCCCGAAUAUUCUAUAGUGUUCUAUAAAAACUUUUAUUCUUGGCGUACUUCCAAAUUUUUUAAUUUUACAAAGCUCGUGCAUCUGUUUUAUUUUUUUAAAUCCGAACAAAUUGUGUUUAAUCAGCUUACGUUUUAAAUUUAUUAGUAAUAUACAAUGUCGACAGACGUUGUAAAAGACUCAAAUCUUUUGAAAGAACAAGGUAAUACAGCAUUUAAGACUGGAAACUGGCUAAAAGCUUUGCAAUGUUACACAUCUGCGUUGGAUCUACUGAAAGAAAGCACUCGAGAUAAAUCAAUUUUGUACAAAAACCGUGCUGCUGUGUACAACAAGUUGGGUGAGUUUGAAAAUGCAAUCCGUGAUUGUAGUGCGUCAUUGGACAUAGUAGCAAAUGAUCCGAAAGCAUUAUUCCGUCGUUGCUGUGCUUACGAACAGCUUGGAAAGUAUGAAGAAGCCUACAUAGAUGGUAAGCAAUGUUUGUCGUCUGAUCCGACAAAUAAAGAAAUACAGCCCGUUUUGUCGAGAUUGCAUCCAAUUGUACAAGAGAAGGUGAGAGAAAAUGCUCAACUAUCUAAUAAAAUUGAAAGUAUGUUCAAAUACGCUUUUAAAAUUGAAGAGUGUUUAGAAAAACGUACUACAGCCAUUAAAAAUUUAUUGGUUUUAUCUAAAGAAUCAAGUAGUGGAAGUGUUGGUUUGUUAAAAUUUGGUAUCGUCAGCAAAAUUAAAAGUCUCUUAAAGAAUGAGCAAAAUACUGAAGUACGAAUAAAUGCCUUAAGAAUAGUUGGCCAACUGUGCAAAAAUGAUGAAACUCGUACCAAGCAAGUUUUGGUUGAACUUGGUGUUCCUUGGUUUAUAGAUGCGUUAAAUACUGAAAAUCAAAAUGAAAUAAAUGGUGUUACAUUUAUCAUACAAGAGGCACUGAAUAGUUUAACAGGUAUGGCCAACACAUUAGAUAGUUCGCCAAAUGAAGAAAAAUGUGCAAAGAAUUCUAAAGAAAUAGAUGCUAUUCUAACUUGCUUAGUAUGUUCUGUGGACCGACAUUCUAUAAAUAAGUUUGCAAGAGAUUCCAUUAUAGAAAUAUUAACAAGAAAUGUUCAUUUUAACAAUAUAAAUUGGGCUGAACGUUUAAUUGAUAUGAAAGGAUUACAGAGAUUGUUGGAAGUAGCUGCUGAACUCACUGAAACUAGAUAUGAAUCAAAAAUGGAAAUUACUGAAUAUUCGCAUACUAAUGUUUCAGUCUGCUUAUCAAAAAUUUAUGACAACAUGACCUGUGAUAAAUCUAGGGAAAAAUAUGUGAGUGCUAUUGACGAGUUCCUGAAGAGAAUGCUUUUAGAUCCAGAUAUAGAAUCUAAAGUCCGAGCUAUUUCAACCAUAACAGUAUUGCUUAUGGGGCCAAUAGAUGUUGGAAAUUCAAUUAUAUCAAGAGAUGGCAUUAUUGAAAUGAUUCUUACAAUGGCAACAACAAAUGAUAAGGUACAGCAAAAAAUUGCAUGCGAGUGUAUUAUUGCUGCUACAUCAAAGAAAAGUAAGAUCACACCAAUUGUAAAACAAGGUACCCAAAUACUUAAAAAUCUAUAUAAGAGUGGUGAUGAUGAUAUACGCAUCCGUGCAUUGGUUGGAUUAUGUAAACUUGGUAGUAGUGGUGGAAGUGAUGCUUCUAUCCGUCCAUUCUCGGAAGGCUCUACUCUUAAAUUAGCCGAAGCUUGCCGUAGAUUUUUAAUACAUCCAGAUACCAAUCCAGAUACAAAAAGAUGGGCUGUAGAAGGGUUAUCUUAUUUAACAUUAGAUGCUGAGGUUAAAGAAAAACUAGUUGAAGAUCAAGCAGCAUUAAUAGCCAUAAUGGGAUUAGCUAAAUCAGAGAAAACAUCAGCAAUGUAUGCUCUAGUGUCAAUAUUUGUCAAUUUAUGUAAUGCAUAUGAAAAACAAGAGAUUAUUCCAGAAAUGAUUGAACUUGCAAAAUUCUCCAAAUGUCAUGUACCAGAAGAUCAUGAAUUAGAUGAUGUUGAUUUUGUUAAUAAGAGAAUUAUGUUAUUAUGUAAAUAUGGUGUUAUCACAGUUCUUGUACAACUGUCUAAAACAGAAAGUUUAAAUAUCAAAGAACUUAUUUCAAGAUUGUUCAAUGCUAUUUGUGUCCUACCAGAAAUCAGGGGUGAAGUAGCUAAAUUAGGGGGUAUAAAAUCUCUCUUGGAACUUGCUCAUUCAGGUACAUCCAAAGGCAAAAGACAAGCUUCGCAGGCUCUAGCUAGAAUAGGAAUUUCCAUCAAUCCAGAAGUCUCAUUCAAAGAACAACGCUGUCUAGAAUCAGUACGACCAUUCCUUGGUUUAUUGCAUCCGGACUGUACAGCAUUAGAGAACUUUGAGGCAAUGAUGGCACUUUGUAACAUGGCAUCUGUGAAUGAAAGAGUGCGAAAAAAGAUAUUAGAUACUGGUGGUCUACCACUUAUUGAGAGUUAUUUAUUUGAAGAACACCAAAUGCUUAGAAGAGCAUCUGCCCAAUGUUUUACCAAUCUUAUGAUGUCUCACGAUGUCAUAAAGAUAAUUGAGGGUGAAAAUGACAAAUUAAAAAUGUUAUUUCUGUUAUCUGAAGAAGAGGAUGAAGAUACAUCAUUAGCUGCUGCUGGCGCAGUUGCAAUAGCUGUGUCAAAUAGUACACAAUGCUGUCAAAAAUUAAUGAAGCUUAACAAUUGGGAAGAAUCUUUAAAGGCUUUAUUAGCACAUCCUAAUAAUGCAAUGCAGCAUAGAGCUUUGGUUAUUGCACAUAGUUUAAUAGGUACAGACAAAGAAAUUGCAGAAAAAAUUUUUGCCACUGAUAUCAUGGAAGUAUUAAUGGCACUUUCAAUAAUGGAAGACGAGAAGAAAAAAGAUAUUAAAGAAAUGGCCAAUAAAUGUUUGAAACUAGCAGAAAGCUUAAAACUUAUAAAAAAAGCUGAUUGUGCAGAAGAAUAAAUUUUUGAAUUAGAUUACAUACAUCCUCAAAAUUAUUUUAUUAUUAACAAGUAACCUAUACAAUUUGAACAACUAUACUCUAUUUAUGUUAAGAAGGAACUUCAGUAGCAUUUAGACAAUGAUUGUUUGUCAUUCCCUCUGUAUGUUGACUGCUGUAUAGUGAAGUCACGUCCCUGUACAUAAGUUGAUACUUUAUGAACGUUAAUAGAGUAUAUACAGUGUAUCACAAUGAUCCAACACAUAUAAUUUUAAUGUCAAAUUGUCUAAUGUCCAUAAUAACUUUGUGCAUUGUGGUAUUACUAAUUAUUUAUAAAUUAUAAUUGAUUAUAAUAUAGUCAUUUUCAUAUUUUGUAAUUUAAUGCAACACACUAUAUUCUUUCUGUAAAAAAUAUGUUUUGUUUUUGUUAAUUUAAAAGUUAUAAUACAAUAUUUUAAUUUAAAAAUAUGAGUAUUUCAAGUAUAACUAAUUUGAAUUAAAUAAUAUUUACAGGGUAUUCAACUAGUAUAGAUUUGAUAUGUAUUAAAUUAUAAAGAAAAGUAUUAUUUGGUUUAUCUUUGUACUUAAUGUCUUAAUAUAUGAAACACUGCCUUCUAGUCAUACAAACUUAUUAUAUUUUGUUUUAUGCUUAAUAUUUAUUUUAAAAAUUGUUUUUGAAUGUAUUAACAUGACAUUAUUUUAGAAUAUUAAUAUAUUUAUUUAUUUUUAUUACUUAUAGAAAUAUUAUUUUUAUAUUUAAAAUAUUAAAUUUGACUUUUUCUUUAUAAUUCAUACUAACUUUUUAAUUAUUGAUAAGUAUUUUAUUUAAAUAAAUUAAUAUUUAUUAAUAUUA